GUGUGAGUUAAUUUGUAAAGUCUGCUACCAGCUCGCCACAACGUGAAUUAUCUAUCAAGUUUUGUUUUCUGUAGGAUUUGCUAACAUUGUUUCGUUUAGUCUUGGAUAUCAUGGCGACUGGCAAUAUCCAAGCUAAGAGAAGAUACGUUUUAGAUAAGCUUUAGAUGUAAAAAGAAAUAUAAGCUUUCAUUCAAGAUAAGUUUUAUUCAUUUCUGGAUAUAAACAAUAUAAGAUUUAUUUAGUCUCGAGUAUCAAACAAAUAAGUCUUAUUCAGUUUUGGAUAUCAAAAACAUGAGAUUAAUUUAGUUUUGAUUAUCAAACAUAUAAGUCUUAUUCAGUUUUGAAUAUCAAGAAUAUGAGAUUAAUUUAGUUUUGAUUAUCAAACAUACAAGUCUUAUUCAGUUUUGAAUAUCAAGAUUAUAAGCUUAAUUUAGAUUUGAUUAUCAAGAAGAUACGUUGUAUUCAGUUCUGGUUACCAAGGCCCAUCAUUGUAGUCAGGUUGAUUUUUCAGCCUAUCGACUUCAAUUUAAAGUGAACCUGAAGGGACACAAUCUUAUCAUGUUCCGAGAUGGUGCAGUUUCUAAACGGGUGUUCGGUGCAGUACUACUGCAUUUACUCUUACAUGUGCUGGUUUGUCCUCUGCACGCUGCUAAACCUGGCCAGUGGUUACCUGUGGACGAUUAUGAUGAAUUUGAAGAAGAGAUAGAGAAAGAAAUUCUCUGUUCAGAGCCAGGAAAGAUUGCUAACGGAGAAACAGUAGUCUGGGGUGAAGGAAUGCUUUUAGAAUACAGGUGUAAGCCUGGCUACUCCCCAGUGGGGAUAACUCAUGGUGCCUGUGAUGUUAAGACCGGAACCUGGACAAUAGAGCCUCCAGUGUGUACAGAUGAGGGUUGUCCACAGUUAACUCCCCCUGCUCAUGGAAUAGUUAAUGUUGACACUAGCGGAGGACUGGCAACAAUAGUCUGCAGACCUGGCUACUUCCUGUUAGGGGACACUGCUCUAGUCUGCGAAGAAGGACAAUGGAGGGGAAGCUACCCUGUUUGCGCAGUCAACCCUGAGACCAAUGAGCACACAAAGUCCAGGAGAGGUCAAGGCGAGAACACUGUCCUGAAACAAUCGUACUCCAUGCCAGGGAUUACAUUGGACGACUCGGACGAGACGUGCUUUUACAAUCAUGUGACUCCACCGGAUAUCCAGCAUGCUGUAGUGGAGACCACAUACGUAAUGAAUGAGGCCAAACACAGGUAUGUGAUGGUGGCGACAUACAAGUGCAUGGGCGGCUACAAGCUACGCAGCAACAAACACAACACAUUGUUCUGUAAGAACCUCUUCUGGACGGCACCCAGGGCGCCCGAGUGUAUCGCAGAUGAUGACUCGUGCGAAGAAGACAACGGGGGCUGUGCCCACUACUGCACACCAGAAGGAAGCAAGAAAUACGCCUGCUCCUGUUACGAUGGUUACAAAUUGGGAACAGACGCCAAAAGUUGCAGUGACACUGAUGAAUGUGCCAUUGAAAAUGGUGGAUGUCAGCACGAAUGUGUCAACACUGAAGGCAGUUUCUUUUGUACCUGUACUGAAGGAUUUAUUCCCAAGGGACGGAACUGCGUGGACAUUGACGAAUGUGUUAAAACCGAGAAUCAAUGCCCAGGACCUUGUAUCAACACACCAGGCUCCUUUCACUGUGACUGUAACAUCAAAGGAUUUAAACCCAGUAAAACCCAUGACUACUGCGAAGACGCUGACGAAUGCGCUGAUCAUAACGGCGGCUGUGAUGACGUAUGCGUCAACAAGAGGGGAACCUACGAGUGUCGGUGUGAGACCAAAGGGAGAAAACUCGGAGAUGAUGGUCACAGCUGUGUAGAUGUAGACGAAUGUCUCCGGUACAAAGGAAAAGUCUGCUCCAAUGGUGUCUGCCUCAACACAGAGGGCUCUUACACGUGUACGUGUAACCAUGGCUACAGACAGACAAGAAAUAACAGCUUUUGUGAAGAUUUGGAUGAGUGCCAAACGAAUAAUGGCGGAUGUCAACAGCUGUGUGAAAACAAUGCCGGAAGUUUUACUUGCGCCUGCAAAAAAGGUUACGUCAUUGCAGAUGACAAAAUUAGUUGCAAAGAUGUUAACGAGUGUAUGUCUAAGAACGCGGGCUGUGAGGACAUGUGCAUUAACACAGAGGGGUCUUACACGUGUGGCUGUACUCACGUGGGCAGAGUUCUAUCCUCAGAUGGGCGAUCAUGCAAAGAAUGUUUACCACAUCAGUAUUUCAAUCGAAGCACUUGGUCUUGCAAUGACUGUCCAACUUACGCGCAUGCUCGAGAUCCCUUGGCGCUGUCCAAGAAAGACUGUAAAUGUAACAAAGGCUUUCACGGAAAUCCUGCCAGGGGGAUUGAAUGUCAAGAUACUAACGAAUGUCAGACCGGAGAGCUGCGUUGCUCCCUCCAGUGUGUCAAUACAAUCGGGAGCGCAUACUGCUCGUGCCCCAAGGGAUACGAAACAGACAGCACUGGCCUACAAUGUAUAGACGUCAACGAAUGUGAGACAGCCGCUCACAACUGUAGCCAGCUUUGUGAAAACACCAACGGUUCUUAUGUAUGCCAAUGCCAGCCAGGCUUCUUGUUGGAUAAGGACAGGAUGACAUGUACAGAUAUUGACGAGUGUCAAACGAAUGCCACAUGGUGCCCACAUGUCUGUGUCAACACUGAAGGCAGCUACAAGUGUGUUUGUAAAGACGGAUAUGACAUCAGCGAGGACGGCAUGGCGUGUGAAGAUAUCAACGAAUGCAAGAAGGAGCCUGCGCCAUGUGAACAGAUGUGCAAUAAUACAGAAGGGUCUUACUCCUGUAGCUGUGAUGGCCCUGGGUUCAAACUUUCAAAAGAUCAGACGACAUGCCUAGACAUCAAUGAGUGUAUGGAGGGAGAUAACCCAUGCCCUAACAUCUGCAUCAAUACAAUCGGAUCUUACCUCUGUGACUGUGACCGUCCUGGAUACCUAUUGGCCAGUGAUGCUUCCGGAUGUGAAGAUAUCAACGAGUGCGCCUCCAACCCCUGCCCUCACCAGUGUGUCAAUACGUUGGGCAGCUUCAAGUGCCUGUGUCCACUGGGUUACGCUGACCCGCCAGAGAACAACCAAACACUAUGCACAGAAUGUCCUCGUGGCACGUACAGAGGAGUGGGUGAGACAAGCUGCAAGCGAUGUCCACCGAGGACGAACACCUCGUCCACUGGGAGUCAGUCCAUCAAGGACUGCGUUUGUGUGGAAGGGUACAAGGAGGAUGUAGAGACAGGACUAUGUAUAGAUGUGAAUGAGUGUAAGUCUAACAAGCUACAAUGUCAACACAUGUGUAGCAACACAGAAGGAAGUGCUCACUGCACAUGCAGACCAGGGUUUACCUUAAACAAAGACGGAAUUUCAUGCUCAGACGUCAACGAAUGCAACAAACAAAAUGGCGGGUGUGAACAUCUCUGUGUGAACACGCCUGGCUCGUUCAACUGCGCGUGCAAGUCAUCAAACUUCAAGUUGGCAGACAAUGGACUUUCUUGUCAAGACAUCAACGAAUGCCAGACGUCAACACAUGGGUGUCAGCACAGGUGCGUUAACACGCCCACUGGCGCUAAGUGUGUUUGCCCUAAAGGAUUCGAACUUAUUUCAGAUGGCAAGAGCUGCAAAGAUAUUGACGAGUGCCGGAUACGGAAUGGAGGCUGCACCGACUUGUGUGUCAACACAGCUGGGUCCCACACGUGCAGAUGUACGCGACCUGGAUAUAAGCUGUACACAGACAACAAGCAGUGUGUGGAUAUCAACGAGUGUGAGGUGGACAAGGCUACCUGUGACGACCUGUGUGUUAACACCGUGGGCUCUUUUAAGUGCUACUGUAGGCAGGCUGGCUACACCUUGGCCCAGGACAAACGAACAUGCGAGGACAUCGACGAGUGCGCCAAAGGCAAAAUCUGUCAGCAGAUGUGUAUUAACCUCCCAGGUUCCUUCCGGUGCGACUGUCAGGCCGGCUACUUUAAGCAGGGCCACGGCUGCAGCCCUUGUCCUGUAGGCACUUACCGUGACAAGAAAGCGUCCGUUGUCAGCUGUCAGAAAUGCCCUCCGGGGAUGACGACUUCCAGAAAAGCCACCGAGACGGUUCUCGGCUGCUAUUGUUUGCCAGGUUUCCACGGCAACCCGGAGACGCUAGACAAAUGCACGGACAUCAACGAGUGCGCCAGAAGCGGAAACGGCGGAUGUGAGCAGAUCUGCAAUAACACCGAGGGCUCUUACUUCUGCUCCUGUCAGGAUGGCUACGCGUUGGACGAAGACAAGAAGAGCUGUAACCCCACUAAGUGCCCGCUUCUGACACCCCCAGAGUUCGCCAAGUUCACGACCAAGGUCUGCACGAGGAUGAAGAAAGGAGAACAUGUCCCACCAGGCACUGAGUGUUUCUACCAGUGCCGGAAGUUCAUGACUUUACGCGGACCUGAAAAGCGGACGUGCUUGGAGAAUUUUACUUGGUCAGACUCGAACCCAGAGUGCUUUGCUCGUCCCUGUGAGAGGCUGCCAGUUCCAGAAAACGGUUACCUCUACCCUCCCAUAUGCAUGCUGCCUAAGGUCCCCUUUGCGACCAGGUGCAGCUUCAGGUGUAACAAAGACUUUCAGAGCGUGGGCAGCGCCGGGGCCAAGUGCAGGGCCACUGGCCACUGGAGCGGGAAGCAUAACCACCGGUGCGUGACAAAGCGGUAACCAUAGGCCCCACAACCAAUGCGAAUAUCUAAGAAACUUAAAAAACCAGCUACAACAUGGUGUCACGCAUAAAGACGAGUGCAUUGGACUUUUCAAAGAAGUUUAUCAACCAUUGACUGAAACUGGUACUCAAAUUUAUAGUACUGGGAUGUUGAUACUGUUUGUUGUUGUUGUUUUUCACUAUCAGCAUGUACAAAGAGUUAAUAGCUUGUAGUAGUUUUUUUUUUAAAAUUAUAUCUAAGAUGUACAAUUUACAAUACGCUGCUCCCAAUUUUCGAUUUAAAAGAUGACAAAUCAAUUGUAGUUGUUUUAACAUAAGCUCAUUCUUUACAACAAGAAUUACAUCAUGCUAUUAAAAGCAUUUAAAUACUAGUAUACCUUUUUUAUGUAUUGUUAUGUAACAAAUUAUUUUUAUAGAUAUAUGUUUAACAACAUUAUUUAUAUUGUUUUCAAAAUGCUCUUGCAAAAAUUAUUGAUGUAUGUAUAUGCUUGUAUGAUGGCUGUACCUUACGGAACCUAUAUCAUUUUUUAUUUUGUCAAUGUUAACUUUUGUUAUACUAAUCUAGCUUUGAUCAAUAUGCAUAUUUUCUACGUUCAAUAUUAUAAUAAAUACAUUUCUUCAUAACAAUGUUACAAAUAUACAUUAAAUGAGAAAACUGCAUACGUAGUUCUCAUCUACUUUGUUUUCACUAUUUAAUCCAGCCAAUUUAUCGACAAUAUCCUCCCUUUACCGAUCUAUCUUUCCUUUCUUUCACAACCUUUCUUUCAUUUAAUAUUAAAAUACAAAUGUUGAUAAUGUUCACUGACCUUUGCACUUUCAUUCCUCCCACCCAGGGCCGGUCUUAGGCCACUGCAACCUACGCGGCCGCAGUGGGCCCCGCACUUUCAUAGGCCCCGCGCUAAUUCUAGGUGUAUAUUGUUAAAUUAAACCAUUAUAACUUAUAUUACAGGUUUCCCGCAGCUUCCUGAUUUUCCACGGGCUCAUGGAAAUCUCCUGUAAAAAUAGACAAAAUUGUCAUAUUGGGAUUUUAUUAAGUUACUUAAGGGCAACAAUUCACAAAGUUAGAUUGAACAAUUUAGCAAUAAUUGCUAUUGCUUUUGAGAGUGAUCUAUGUAGAAAACAUAAUUUUGAUGAUAUACCGUAUGACCUUUUUUUUCGUAAAGCU